AAUAAAGCGAGUAAGUCCCGUGUGUGAGAGAGAGAGAGUCUGAGAAGUAAUGAUCCCUCGCGUUUUCCUCUCUUCUUUUGCCAGGGAGCUGAAAGAAACAGAGAAAGACAGAGAGGCAGGCGUUAGAUGUCAGUCCCGUCACCACCGCGCCACCUCAGCCGGGAUCCAGCCUCGCGAGUCCGGCGAGGACUCCCAAGUCCCUCCGCUGCCUCUCUCAGUGACACAAACCAAACACACCAGCGAGUCCUGUCCCCCCUUACCUCCGUUUUAGAUGUGAAUCCCAGCGUUCAUCUCAUCGCAUCUUGGACGGGGAUCGGAUUGUUUUUUUUUAAGGGGGGGAGUGUUGAUGCGGUGGACUGGAUAUAGGGAACCAAACCAUCCGGCUUUGGUGAAAAUGAAAUGUUUGUCUCUAUUGGAAUGAGAAAGAAGCGGAAGAAGGGAGGCAGAGGAACUAUCCAGGGAGCGAUCCGAGGUCUCCCCAAACAAGAAAAAACGGCAAGGCGCUGGAUCCAGAAGCUGUUUCAGACAGUCUCAACUGAUCGACAGACGCAUCGAGUGGCUUUUCCUGCUCCAUUUUACUCCUCCCCUCUCCACAAGCGUCACCCCUGACAGAGGAGCCUACCUGUCAAUCUUUUUAAUUGUCUUGUCCCCCCCUCCCCUUUUUCUCCCUCCCUCUCGUUUUUAAUGCCUUUUAAACAACAGCGACAAAACACCUUUAACUGGAGAAUUCUCAACUCAACAGAGAGUUCGAUUCGCACCGUGUCAUCAAGCGACAUUUUAAAACGCUGAAAUGAGAAAAGAAGUAGUAGCAGGUGCGCAUCUAAUAGAAAACAGAUCGGCUUAAAAGAGGCGUUAAAAGUGGUGUUUGAGGGUCGUUACGUGUGCUGUUUUGGAAAAGAGGAUUUAUUUGGAAGUAGGAAGUGAGUGUUGUGGAAGGGGAGGGACUCCGACAAGUCAGAGGCGCUGCUGGGCUGCUAACCGCAGCAGCCGUUCUAGCCUCACAAUACCACAUUAAACGCGUGGUUUUCUAUAAGCUCUCGCUUCGUAGAGCUGCUUCCCAGCGCUUAACGCUUCGGUUCGGCUGUGGCCUGCGUGUGUGCGGCGGAAGACGGCACUCUAGCGGAAGCUAAAGGCUCGUCGCCGCCACACUCGGACGUCAAGUUUGCCACAUUUCCCCGGAGCAAUGUCCACCUCGGUGCUGGCGAGGGCCGGAAGAGGGGCGAGCUCGGUGCUCGCACUUCGGACCGGAGUUCGCUCCAUCAUAGACACGUCCUACUCGGCGCACUUCAUGGAUUUCAAAGCGUCCGCCAUCCCCAGCAGCAUGAACAAGCUGGUCGUCGACAAGCUGAGCCCGAAUUUCCGAGAGGCUGUUUCCGUGCACGCCGUCGCGGUGCCGACCCCCGGGGACGCGGAGCUGCUGGUCAGGAAUCGGUACGUGGGGAUCAACGCCUCUGAUAUUAAUUAUUCCGCCGGCCGGUAUGACCCCUCCCUGCGGCCUCCCUUCGACAUUGGGUUCGAGGGAAUCGGUGAGGUCGUCGGCCUCGGCCUUAGUGCGAGCUCCCGCUACACGGUCGGGGACAAGGUGGCCUACUUCAGCAACGGCGCGUUCGCCGAGUACACGGUGGUGCCGGCCAAAGCAAGCGUGCCGGUCCCUUCGGUGAAGCCAGAGUUCCUCACCUUGCUGGUCAGUGGCGCCACCGCUUACAUCGCCCUGAAUCGCCUGGGUGACCUGGCCAAAGGCGAGACAGUGCUGGUCACCGCCGCGGCCGGCGGAACCGGACAGUUCGCCGUGCAGUUUGCCAAACAAGCCGGCUGCCAUGUGAUCGGCACGUGCUCCAGCAAUGAGAAAGCAGGCUUCCUUAAAUCCAUCGGAUGCGACAGAGCAAUCAACUACACAGAAGAAGACCUUGGCAAGACGCUGAAGAAAGAGUACCCACGAGGCGUGGACGUGGUUUACGAAUCCGUCGGAGGAAGUGUACUAGAGUUGGCCGUCAACUGCUUGGCGCAAAAAGGACGACUUAUUGUCAUUGGCUUCAUCUCCGGGUACCAAAGCAACUCUGGGAUCCCAGUGUUCAACGGUGGAACGCUGCCUGUGAAACUGCUGCAGAAGUCAGCAAGCGUCCGAGGCUUCUUCCUGCCACACUUUGCCAGCGACUACAAGGACGCGCUCACUAAAAUGAUGCAGAUGCUGGCUAAGGGGAAACUGGUGUGUGAGGUGGACUGUGGGGAUCUGCUGCAGGAGGGGAGGUUCGUGGGACUGGAGUCUGUCUUCCGGGCCGUGGAUCACAUGUAUGCAGGGAAAAACCUGGGCAAGGUCGUCGUAGAAAUGGCUCCACCCACUGCCAACCAAAGUAAACUGUGAUCAGAGGUUUGAAUUCUACUGAUAGUUAUGACUGUGAAUGUAAGAAAUGAAAUCCUAUUUUUAUCUAGAGAAGACAUUCAAGAUUUAAGAAGUUGUGAUUAUUAUCAGCUGAUCUGACAAGCUAAUAAACCAGAUUUUUUCCCCUCAUACAAACACGUAUUCUUCACUGUGUUUUACACCGCAUUAUUUACCCAAAAGAUUCUCUGAUAGGUCUCGUUGUUUCUUCUCUAACCAGGCUUGUGUCAGAAGAAAAUGCUGCAUUUGAAUUCCACUGCCUGUUUGUGGCUGACAAAAUACUGCUUUUGCACAAUCAGUCUUAUUAUCCGCUUGUCCUGAAGCGGUGGAUAUUAGUGAAAUUAUUUACAGAGGUUGCUCUUAAAAAUGUUUCACAUGUCUGAAAAACACUGAAAGUAGUUGAAUUAUUUUAUUGUUUUUGGGGUUCUUUUUACAUAGACGAAGAAGAGGCACUGCACAGGCCGGUCCAUUAACAGGUGAAUUGGUGUCUCCUAAUGUCCCUGAUCUUAUUUAUAUGGGUGAGUUUCACAUUUACACUUGGUUAAAGUGAUUUUUAAAUGUAUUUUUAGUUUAUGAAUGAGCGUUAUAGCUGUUAUAAAAGUCCAAACACCCACUUUAAAAAGCCUUGAUCUCACAACAGAAUAUAUGUGUUAUUCAACACAGCUCUUGGGUGUUGUUAUUGAGAUAGCACAACUUGAAAGAGCUGGCCUUCCAACAGACUGUACCUGCAGCUUCCUUCUUUCGAAUCAAUUCCACGCGUUAUGAAUGAGCAGUACACACCUGUUCCUUCCUGGCAGAGAGAGCUGCCGUCUUCAUGCGCUGUGAACAUGCUACUUCCUCAUCCAGGUGGCAACUCGGAGCAUAACCCAGUGUGAAAUAUGUUACAGCUGUGACCUCAGCGUGCAAAGCUGCUACCUUCAGCAGACGGCAACGGAAAUCAGAAACACUCACCACCAUAUCUGUUUUGAUUUAGGAGCGAAGAAAGUCUGACAACUCACAUGUUGAAACCUGUAAUCAAACAAUGAGACCUGUGAUUUGCAGACGCACAAAUAUUUGGCGUAUGUAGGCUGAGCCUAUUAAGCGCUUCCUUUUCUCCCAAUAAAAAAAAGGGAUCAACGCAAAAAAAUGCCAGCUGUAUACGGUUUGUUGCUCAUGGUAAUACAAACAUGUUGCGUUGUCUGGGUCGGAAAUGAGACCUGUGGCCAAGUGAGUGAAGGAAGGGUGGAGAGUGAGAUCGAUGGUUGUGGCGAAGUAAAAACUGAGGUGAAACGUGAAACUUGCAAUUCUAAUCUAUGUUCCUACCUUCAGCGAUGAGCUGUGGGUAGAGAAGGACGGCAGAUGGAAGCAAAAGGGCGGGACACUGUGUCCUGAGGAUGUGUGGGUUGUUUGCAAGUAGCAGAAGAGAAGCUUGCUGUGGCUGUUUGAUGGCGGCAUUUUAAUGGAUGACAUUAGCUUGACAGGAAGCUUCCAUGUUUGCAGCUGGACCGCCAGAUCCGAUAGCAUGUUUCUGGUCAGCAUGUCGACGGAAAAAAAAAAAAAAACGGGGCAACCAGAGGCAGACAAAUGGCUGGCUAAUGUUCCACAGACCGACUUCUGUUGAGGUGGGAACAAGUAACAGUAACAGACUUUCUCUGUUACUGUUACUUGUUUCUCUAUGCAACAGCCAUGGACAAUAUCAAACAACAGCAACUAUGUAGUAGCCAUUUGACUCUAUUCUGAAUUUAAACAUAAGGAUUGAAACAACGUGGACUUUGAAUCAGAACUUUUUGGACACUCACAUUUGAUGAUGUUGUGUGACUGUACUCAUCAAAUAUGAAUAAUGUUUUGCCAGUUAUUAUGUCACGCCAAACUCUACUGAAACUGGAACGUAAACGCAUUAAUUUCAACUAUUAACCACAGGGGAAAAAAAUAUGAAUUAAUCCACAUAAUGCAGAUUAUUUAUGUGUCCAAUUUUUAGUGCACCAAUUCCUGAUGCACCACAGACUGUGUGAGAUUGAAGAGAAGGAUGUAAAAUUUUAGACUUGAAAACGUUCCACCAUCACUGAAGCACUUCCAUGCUGAUGUUCAAGCACAUGUGUCCAGAUGGGACUUAUAUAUAACUAGUGCCUGUAGGCAGCGAUAUCAUCAGUUAUUCAGAAAUAUGAAUUUUCAAAAUAAGUAAAUGAAUAGUUGUUUGUAAAAUAGAGUUAAUAUGCUUCUUAAGUUUGGGUUUUGCUUAUGAGUGUCAUAAGUCUAACAACUAAAGUCAGCAGCCAAGACAGUAUGUCUUGUGCCAACAGAAUUACAAUGACGCCGGUCCGAAACAAACAGGCCAUGAUUUAAUUCUCCAUCCAGACUGUUUGCUGAGCCAUUAGGAAAGAAAAACAAGCCCAUGCAUGUCAGCCACACAAAAGGUGUGGGGCGAUAAUGCACAUGGAUGCUACGAUGAAUGCAUCCUGCUCCACUUUUCGGUCACUGUCGCGCGGCGUCUUGCAGGAGGAGGAGGAGGAGGCC